AUGGCAUCAAGAAUUAUACAAACUACACGUAAUACAACUGAACAACAGGAAGAUUUACAACAAUUAACAACAAUGUUAAUAAAUUCAAAUUACCCUGAAAAAGAAAUUAGAAAGUUAAUUCAAGAAAGUUUAAAAACUGCGAACUCAGUAUCGACAACCACCACGGAGACUGACAAAACACCGACAGACGAGCAAUCAAAAUACACGAUCACGAUACCAUACGUUCCAGGAGCUGAAGUCCUGAAAAUACGUCUUGAAAAACUCCAAAUUAAAGUGUUCUUCUCGUAUCCAAAUAAAAUAAGAUCAUAUUUUAACUCAAAUAUUAACAAUGAAACCAAAUCAAUUAUUUACAGAAUACAAUGUGACUGUAAUCAAAUUUACGUUGGAGAGACAAAAGUUGGACUAAAAGCACGCAUGGAACAACAUGAAAAAUUAAUAUUAGAAGAUGAACACAAUUCCAAUUCCGAAAUUGUUCAACAUUUCCAUAAACUGAAUUAUCAAUGUUUAUUCAACACAUCGAACGCACACGUAAUUGACCACGACAAAAAUUGGAAGAAAAGAAGAUACAAAGAAGCAAUUCAUUCGAUCAUCAACGAAUCUAUUAAUCGCCAUGAUGAAAUAGAUGAUGGAUGGUUACCAAUUUUGCAUAAAAAGAAGCAAGAAAUCUUACAAAAAACUGAAAAUAGAAAAUCAAGGACAAAAGCAGAAAAGGUCGAAGAACAAGACGGUAAUAAUGGUACGGAAGAAGAUGAACUCUAACGCAUCUCGUUCAGU